AUGGAACAGCAAUGCUCAGGUCAAUGUAUUCGUCGAACAUUAUAUGCUGUUAUAAUUGGUGUAUCACCUGUUGUUAUUUGUUUAUUAUUUAUUGGAUUUGCUCGUUUAGUAUUACAUCGUCUUGAAAUAGCUUAUUAUCGUCGACAUAAACCCACGGAUCGUCGUUCGUCAUUCCUCAUUCCUCAAAAUGGUCGUCUUGCUCUAUCAUAUACACCUGUAUCGCAUGCUGAAUUACAACGUAUAAUUCAAGGUGAACACCAAAAUCAACAAUCCAAUGAUUCUCAUAAUACAAGUGCUAUACGUAAAGCACCAAGAUUUAUUAAAUCACUACUACCACGACGUGAAUUAGCACCAACAUCAAGUAUUCUUGCAAAUCUUGUUAUACGUCAUGAUAUUAAUGAUCCACAUCCAUUGACAUCUAUGUUUGCACCUGUUGAUAUUGAUACACCAUUAGAACCUACAUUUAGUAUAAUUAAUGAACAUGAUAAACGACGACCAAGUAUUAUUACUAUAACACGAGAAUCAAUUGAGACAACAACAUUAUCUGUUACGAUGAAUAAUAAUUCUUCGAAUAUGACUGCUGAAAUCGAACCUGAACCAAUAAGAAUGGAUCCAUUAACGGCAACAACGAAAACUACAACAACAACGGUUGCUGUAGAAGAAUUUCUUGAUUUUCAUUCAGUUAGUUCAUUACCAUGUGUAUUAAGUUUACUCGAUACAGUUUCAGACAAUGAUAAUAAUCAAAAUUUAGAGAUAAAUAAAUAUAAUGAAGAUGAUUAA